AUGGCCGUCACAUACCCCGCCCGUCAACUGUACUACAACGGCCAGUCACAGCCCGCCACCUCCAGCAAGACCUUCCAGACCAUCGACCCGGCCACUGGAGCACACAUUGCAGACAUCCACGAGGCAUCGCACGCCGACAUUGACAGCGCCAUUGCCUCUGCCGACAGGGCCUUUCCAUCGUGGUCCACCACGCCCGCCAUCCAGCGUGCCCGCAUUCUGCAAAAGGCCGCGCAGCUGCUGCGCGACCACAAUGACGAGAUUGCCACCGCCGAGACACACGAUACGGGCAAAGCCUUUACAGAGACAAGCGUUGUCGAUGUCACCACAGGCGCCGAUGUUCUGGAAUACUUUGCCAAUUUGGUCGGCGGCGGCGGCUUGAAUGGCGAGACCACCCAGCUGCGAGAAGACGCCUGGGUGUACACCAAAAAGGCGCCUUUGGGCGUGUGUGCCGGCAUUGGGGCCUGGAACUAUCCUAUUCAGAUAGCUCUCUGGAAGUCUGCGCCUUGCCUCGCAGCCGGCAACACCAUGGUCUACAAGCCCAGCGAGUUCACCUCCCUUCACGGCGAAACCCUGGCCAAGAUCUACACCGAAGCUGGCUUACCAGCCGGUGUUUUCAACGUUGUCCACGGCGCCGGCGACGUCGGCGCAUACCUAACCUCUCAUCCUUCCAUCGCCAAAGUCUCCUUCACGGGACAGGUUUCCACAGGCAAAAAGGUAGCCGGCAGUGCCGCAGGCGGCAUGAAAUAUGUCACCAUGGAACUCGGCGGCAAGUCCCCCUUGAUUAUCCUGCCAGACUCUGAUCUGGAAAAUGCCGUGGACGGUGCCAUGAUGGCCAACUUUUACAGCACCGGCCAGGUAUGCACCAACGGCACACGAGUGUUUGUGCCCACAAGCCUCAAAUCCGCGUUUGAGAAGCGCCUGCUCGAAAAGAUGGAAUACGUACGGGCUGGCCCCGUCAUGGACCCAGCAACCAACCUAGGCCCUCUUGUCUCGCGCCCCCACUAUGAAAAAGUCACCAGCUACAUCCGCCACGGCAUCGAGCAAGACGGCGCAAAACUGUUGUAUGGCGGCCUCGGCCAACCGGCCAGCCUACCUCCCUCCUUGCACGGAGGAUUCUGGGUCCAACCCACCAUUUUCACGGAUUGCACGGACGAUAUGAAAAUCGUGCGCGAGGAGAUUUUUGGCCCGGUACUCUCGAUCCUGCCGUACCAAACCGUCGACGAAGCCGUGCGUCGCGCCAACACGACAGAAUUGGGUCUUGCCGCGGGCGUGUUCACUAGUGAUUUAAACAAGGCUCAUCGCAUCAUCGACCAGCUGCAGGCAGGUAUCACAUGGAUUAAUUCAUGGGGCGAAUCACCGGCGGAAAUGAGUGUCGGAGGGUGGAAGCACAGUGGUGUCGGAGUCGAGAAUGGACGGAGAGGUAUUGAGGCCUGGGUCAGGAAUAAGAGUACGUUGGUUGAUAUGGCGGGCUCGGUGGCCACGGCUUUUGCAAAAUUGUAA